GGAAGAUAACCCUUCUGAAAAUAAAGUGUUUGGGGUUUUAAGACUUUACAGUUGUAAUUCAUGAACAUCUUAUAAUAUUUUUCUUCCCACAGAAGCCUGUGUGUCGUCGGUGAGGGUUGAGAGUUGAUGAACAUGUCCCAGAUGCAGCUGCUGAGGUUGUUCAUCAGUGAGCGGCUGAGUGCGGCUGCUGAGGAGAUCUUCUCUGCGGUGCAGAGGACCAUCACAGACCGGGAGGAGGAAGAACAAGACGCCGACCAACAUGGACUUAAACAAGAAGUGCAUUUACACAGUGAAGACACGCCACAGCUCUUCGUCUGUGCACAUGAGCAGAAACGCUUCGAGCAGGAGUGGAGUCCUGAGAGCUGCCACAACAAACCUAGUGUGGACCAAGAUGACUGUGGCCUGCUGGUCCCAGAGCCUGCAGCAAUCAAACAGGAACAGCCGUGGAGCAGUCCGGAGAUGGAGGACUCUGAUACCAGCACUGUGAAAGUGACGCCCACCUGCAUGAAGAGUUACAUUUACUCAGACAUGACUGAGUUACUAACUCAUAACACAGGACACGAAGACAGAAAGCUUGUAUCGGUGGAGGGAAAUGCUCAGUCAAGCAGUCGAUAUUGGACUUAUUUGCCAGAUUGUUCGGUGACUCUGAAUAACAUGGGGCCUGAGUUGCGUUUAGCUACCCUGACAGGCUACAACCUUGAUAAAGUCCACACGCAGAGCCCCGCGGGGAGAAAGCAGCUGACUAAAAGAUGUCAACCAAACAGCCCAACUCCGUCAAAUAAAGAGACAAAGAGCAGAAGCAAAUCUUACUGCUGUCGUUUCUGUGGCAAAGAAUUCAGCCACAGCGCACAUCUGGCCACACACACACAAAUCCACACCAGUGAAAAACAGUUCAUCUGUGAGGUGUGUGGCAAAGCGUUUCGACAUGGCAAAAGUGUGACUGUGCACAUGAGGAUCCACACGGAAGAGAAGCCAUACCGUUGCAGGACUUGUGGCAAAGAGUUCCGCCAUGUGGGCAAUUUGAACGUACACACGAGAAUCCAUACAGGGGAGAAACCUUACACAUGCACAGUGUGCGGGAAGAAGUUCAGUCGAAAUAAUUUGAUGACAAAACACAUGACUGUGCACACAGGUGAAAUGGGUUUAAACAUGAAGAGUGUGUUAAGAAGAGGGUCAGUUGGCAUGACUUCAUAAGAGUAAAGCGCUGAUGGAAUAUCCAGUUUUCUGUGGGACAAAAUCUGCUUUUGAAAAAGCAAGAUUCAUCUUAAUUCCUUUUUUGUAGAUUCAUCAUUGUACAUUGAUAAUGGUUAAAGCAUCAAAUUAUCUUUCUGUAUGUAAAAUCAUGGUUACUGUAGCCCAAAGCUCAGUAUCGAGAUCUAAC